AUGUCCGUGGUACAAAUUAUAUCUGUCUUCUCUUCCCAGACUGUAGCUGAGAUCGACACACCUGCGGCUGUAACUGAGAUCCGCACCAUACUCGAGGACACCCCCGCCUCCUACGAGAGUGUCAAGAAGCUCACCUACCUGAAAGCAGUGUUCUUUGAAACACUGAGACUGUACCCGUCUGUGCCCAAGAACGUGCGCAUGGCCUAUGCGGACGAUGUGUUGCCAGGGGGCAUACAGGUUGCCAAGGGAGACGUCAUACUGUACGCUCCCUAUGUCAUGGGACGAGACGAGCAGAUAUGGGAGGAGCCUUUGGAGUUCAAGCCAGAGAGGUGGAUAGAUGACAAUGGGAAAUGGCGGGAGAGGUCCGCUUUCGAAUUCACCGCUUUUAAUGCGGGACCAAGGUUGUGCUUAGGCAAAACUAUGGCGGUCACCGAAGCUCUGGUCCUGCUGGCCACAGUGUUGCCCCUAUACGAGAUGACACCCACAAGCACAGAUCCACCGAUACAAGUGGGAGAGACCCUGACGCUACCCAUGCACAGCCACACGGUACACGUCGCACACCGAGCAGACGACCGGACGCACAUGUACGAGGAGUAG